AUGAUGAAUAAUUUGCCUUUUCCUCUCUUACCAUUUCGUUUCAGGCAAUGGAAUGUAAAUAAAAAAACUUUUUCGCCUGCAAUGAGUAAUUUACAACAAGCCAAGUUUAAUGUAACAAUUCGCGGUUCUUCUAGACUUAUUAGUUCGAGGAAUUAUCAUCAAAUAUGCUUAAUGAAAAAUCAAUCUAAUGCAGAACUUUCGGAGCAAGCAAAGCAUUUUCUUGCAUUAAAGUUGAUUCUACAAGUUUGUCUUGACCAUAAUGAAAGAUUGAUUAAACAUCCAAAAGCUUAA